UUAAAAAAUAAUUGUAGGUCUGAAAAAAUCAAUCGAUCAAGUUUACACAAAUUACCUACCAAAAAACAUGCAUCCAUUUAUCUAUUUGAGCCUAAAAUUAGAUCCGAAAAACGUCGAUGUUAAUGUACAUCCAACAAAACACGAAGUUCAUUUUUUAAACGAAGAACAAAUCGUCGAAAUUAUAACAGCAGCAGUGGAAAAGAAAUUAUUGGGCUGUAACAAUUCCCGAGUAUACUUUACACAGGCAAAAUUACCUAUUGUAACAUCCAAUACUAUUCAAAGUUCGCCAAAAGAAAAAUCGGAAAAGGUUUACCCCAAGGAACUUGUAAGAACUGACUCGUCCAAUCAAAAACUUGAAAAAUUUUUUGGGGCAACCACAAAAAAAAUGGAAACGAUGCAAAUAACUGAUCGUAAUGACGAUGAUAACGUCGAUAACAAAGUAGUAACUAAUCCUGAAGACAAGUUGUUCGAAGAAAGAAAUAAACAAUUUUUAAUCGACAACGAAAAGUUUGAAUCAAAACUGUUGAACAAAACGAUCGAACAUAGUCCAAGUCCAAAGAAGAAAAUGAAAACAGAUGUUGGAUUCAAUCCAGUUGGGGGUGUUGUUCUAAGUCGUACCAAGGAAUUGGAAGUGACCACGGUUGAAUGUGAAUUAACAAGCGUGCUAGAACUUCGAAAAAAGAUUGAAGGCAAUUGCCACCCUGCAAUGCGUGAAUUAUUCAACCAGCAUGUUUUCGUGGGUUGUAUAGACCCUUCGCAGGCCCUCAUUCAGCACGGCACAAAGCUUUACAUGUGCAACACACAACAAAUAAUGGAGGAACUGUUUUAUCAGUUUGUCAUGUAUAAUUUUCAAAAUUUCGGUAUCAUAUCAUUUAGCGAUCCGCUGUCUGUAAAAAAACUAGCCUUGGAGGCUCUCAAAUUACCAGAAACAGGGUGGACUCCCGAAGACGGCGACAAGAAUGAAUUGGCCGAAAAAGUAACAGAAAUUUUGACAGAGAAGGGUGAAAUGCUAAAAGAAUAUUUCACUCUAGAAAUCGACGAAAAUGGAGACCUGAAGACUUUACCACUUUUGCUAGACAAACACGUACCGGAAAUGACAGGUUUGCCCAUGUAUUUGUUAAGACUUGCGACGGAAGUCAACUGGGAAUCGGAGUUGGAGUGCUUUGAAACGUUUGCCAGGGAAACUGCAAAAUAUUAUUCGUUUAUAGAAGAAAAUGAUUCGGAUGAAAAGCACAACUGGAAGUGGCUUGUGGAACAUGUUUUUUAUCCUGCCAUUAAAGACUUUUUUCUACCACCGAAAUCAUUUAUUAAUAAUGCGGCUAUUGUUGAACUUGCCAAUCUACCGAAUUUGUACAAAGUGUUCGAAAGAUGUUAAAAAUAAUUUUUCCUUCCCAUGUAAUUGUUAAUUGAUAUCUAUUUUUGUACAUUUUUCUUAUGAAAACCAUUGUGUUACCUUUUGUAUUUAUAAUUUCUCAAUUAAAAUGUUUUCUUCUUAAAAACG